CUUUUUUCUUUUUCUUUUUUUCCCUUUUUUUUGAUUUCAUUUUUUUUUUACCUUCAAUUUUAUUUAUUUAUUAUUAUUAUUAUUUUUAUUUUAGUACCUUUUUGGUAGAAAGGAAGCUCAAUACUUUGAUCCAUCAUAUCAUUCUUUUGAUUCCCUCUUUAUUUAUCAAGUAUGGAAAACAAUAUGAUUCGUAAGUAAAAUAUCUUUUUUUUAUAUAUAUCAUUAUUCUUAUAUAUAUAUAUAUAUAUUAUGAAUAGAACUUCAAAAUUAUGAACAUAAUUCUUAUGAUAUUAACAAAUGGUCACCUUCAACAACUUAUCAUCAUCAAGAAAAACCAUCUAUGCCAAAACUAUUAAGUUUUACUCCAAAUCAUGGUCAAGAAGGAACAUUAAUCACCAUCGUAUUGGAAGGCUUACCUAUUCAACCUGUCAAACUUGCCUUCAAUAGUCUAGUGGUCGAUACAAAACUAAUUCGUUCUCAACAAACUACAACAUUGAUGGCUACUAUCCCCAACUUUGAUAUGACUUUAUCUACCUCAAAUAUUGUUCCAACCUCAGUUUGUUUUUUGAAUGAAAAAGAUAUUGUGGAAGAUACUUUUUAUUUGGCAAACUUUACUUAUCGACAAUCCAAUAAUGAUUACUCACCACAUUAUCAACAUGAUCGAAAAAGGUCUUUUGCUUCUCUAUCUGAUGAUGAUUAUUCUUCUUCUACAAACAAGCGUGUGCAUCAAGACGUACAAUAUCCUUACGAUACAUCUGUUACUUCAUCUCCCUAUAGUCAAAUUCCACCUUACUCAUCCUAUUAUCAAUAUCAACAACAACGAGGUACCAAUACUUAUUCUUCGUUACCUGAACGCUAUCAUCCAAACCAAUUACCAAUGAUCAUGGAAUCUCCUGUACAUAUGCAAUCUUAUCAAUCAUCUUACGGUGGAUCAUCUAAUCAUUCAUCACCUACUUUGUAUUCACCAUCAGUAUCACAACGAAGAAAAUCAUAUCAACGUCCUAACGUGCAAAGUUUGAAAUCAACAUCACAUCAACCAUCCACUUCUGUUGAUAAUUAUCAACCUUACCCUGGUCUUGUCAGUCAAUGCAAUUUCGAACUAAUCGAUGAUUUACAUACCAUGACUCAAAAUUGGAAUGCACUGGAGCAACAACAAGGUCGACGUUUGGUGCGUUUCUGGCGUGAAGACAAGCCACAUGAUCUUAUCCAAUGUUGUUUCGAAUCCGUCUCUCAAAACGAUUCUGCAGCAACUGAUACCAACAAUACAGUAGUAUCCUGUAUCUAUUGGCCUGAACACAAUGAUUAUUUUAUCACCUCUGUGGACUGCAUCUACCUUUUGGAAAGUUUGAUGAAAACUCAUUUUGGUGUGGAAGAAAAGAAUAGGAUCCGUCGUAAUUUGGAAGGUUUUCGUCCAUUGACAGUGGCCAAAUGCAAACCUAUCAGUGCUGAAUUCUUCAAACGUGUCAUGGGUUUCCCUCAUCCAAAACCAAGAAAUAUUGAAAAGGAUAUCAAGGCAUUCACUUGGAAAAUUCUACCUUAUGCUCUCAAAAAGAUCAUCAUGAAAUAUUCUGUUACCUCCUCUACCUCUGAUACAGCUUCUGGUCUCUAUUCAUCUCAUUUGGUUACUCAAAGCAAUACAUCACCCCAACACAGUUAUCAUCAUUCAUUAUUAAUGCCAUCCACAUCAUCUUCAACAACUUCUAUAGCAACAACAUCAACAACCUCACCUUCUUCGCCAUCAUCAGCAACACUCGCCACUCCUCCUGUCACAGAACAUGAUCAAUUUAUUCAUCAACCUAUCAAACAACAGCCAUUAUAUUAUAAUCCAACCACAAUGACUUAUGGGUAUCAACAAGAACCUGGUGUUCGCUCAAGGAUGUCAAUUUCAUAUACGCCACCAUAUUCUACUUCGUCUUCAACAUCCUCUUCCUCCUAUACUGUGGCUUCACCAUCAUCAUCACCACCUUAUCUCUCGGAACAACCUAUGACCAUCAUCCCAUCCAAUGCCACCACUUCAUACACCUCUGUAUAUGCUUCUUCGCCUUCUUCUACACAACCUAUCAUGACUUCAACCACUUCUUCCACUUUUGUGUCACAAUUGAUGAUGGACAAUACACCUUGUGAAUCAGAUUUCCUGGCCAAGUAUACAUCAUAAUCAUCCUCUUUUAUAUAUAUUUAUGAUCUUGUACGUAGUUUCUCCCUUCCCUCACUCUCAUGUAACAUCUUUUUUUUUUUCUUCUUCUUUUACUUCUCUUUGUUUUUAUAUUUUGUAUGAUUUUUUUUUUGUUUUUUCUCUUUUGUUCUUUUU